AUCACCUGCCAAAUAUAUUCCCAUCCCAAACUAGGAAAGCUUUCCACCCUUUCUUUUCCCCUACCCUUCACGCUUCGGUACUUGCAAGCAGGCUGGCAGGCAGAAGGCAAUCUUGUGAACCUGAGAGGGGCAUUUUAGGCAACACGAUAUGCAGAGUAUCCCGCCACCUCUACAGUAUUAAAGACGGAGCACGCUCCACACUUCCUCCCUCGAGCAUGUACGGAACUCCCUAGCAACUCCAACCCGCUCCGGUAAGCGAUUCGAAUUCCCAGCUAAUCGCGCCCAAGCCGAUCCCUAUUCAUGCGAACUUUCAUCGCCUUAGCGAUCAACUCCGUCUCAAGAUUUGAUCGUGAUCAAUCAAUUUGUGAUCGAAAGAAGCGCCUGCCUUUAUGUGUUCAAUUCCGUUCCUUUUUUUUUGGGCGUGGGUGAGUGUUUCUGCGUUCGGUUUGAUGUGUCACUGCCACUGGUAGCAGAAAGAAUCGAUUUUGAGAUUUUUGGUGGUUUUCUGGGCUGUGAUCGGACGAGGAUUUCCGAUUUUCUGCAGCGUGAAGCGUUUCGGGAAUGCCGAAGAGAAGAAGAGCUCACUCCUCGAUGGAUUCCCCUCCGACUCCGUAUUCUCGGCCUCCCCGAUCCGAUGGGCAGCCCAUGCUGAGUGAGAUGAAUGUGAGAGAAUGGGAAGAAGCGGUCUGCCCAAUAUGUAUGGAACACCCUCACAACGCGGUGCUCUUGCGGUGUCCGUCCCAGGAGAAGGGCUGCCGCCCUUACAUCUGUAACACUGGCGCCCGCCACUCGGAUUGCCUCCGACAGUUCUAUGGGGUUGCAUUCCCGUCUAUCUCCGUACCUGUGCAUCGACAGGCCCCUGGAACCUCGGGAGGAACCGACAGCCAUAAGUCAUGUAAAGGGUUCGCGGUCAAGUGCCCGUUUUGCAGAGGGCAUAUCCAGGGGUGGGAAGUGAUAGAGCCCGCCCGGAAGUACAUGAACUUGAAACCGAGGAGCUGCUCCUCCAAGGCAUGCGAGUUCUCAGGAACCUAUGCCGAGUUAAGGAAACAUGUCAGGUCCGAGCACCCUUCCGUAAGGCCCAGGGAGGUGGAUCCAUCGAGCCAGCAAACGUGGAAGACAUUGGAGCAGGAGAGGGAGUGGUCGGAUUUGCUAGGCUUUCUCGAACCACUGGAAGGAGGAGAAGCUGUUGAUGAACAUGAACAGGGAGUGAUACGAGCAGACUUUCCAGCCUUGAGCGAGUCCAGUCCCCUCGGGCAGUCGGGGCUUCUGAGACAGUUAUUAGCCAGGACGUACAGCAGAAUGGCUCGUGAUUCUCCUCUCCAGAUGGAUGUGCAAGGAUCUGUAGGCACGACGACUGAAGUAGAGGUUCGGGGUGACCUGAGGAGUUCAACAAUUGCAAGUACAGCCUCUGUUAGACAUAAUGCCGAGGAGAGCAGCUCAGCUUCAAUGCCUAACCGCCGCCGCUCAUCAAGAAACUGCAUCUGUCCUCAUUGUCGGUCUCGGAUCGGGGAUCACUGAUACUUAAUGGCAGACGGCAACUGUGGGGUACAGUGUCAAAGGUCUGCUCAACUGGACACACUGCAGCUUCGUUAUAUAUGAAUUGUUGGUGGUUGGUGGCAAGUAUUAUAAGGUCAAUAGUCCAAUUCCUUUUUCCUAAUUCCUAUUAUCUGGUCCGUACCUUUUGAAAACGACCGACUAGACAAUAUAAUUCUUUUGAUUAAUGUUCCGUGUUCCGAAAAGGUCAACAUUUCUGUUCUUCUUCUUUUUAACAAAAAUUUGUGAUUCUUUUUUA